GCGGCGGCGGCGGCGGGAAGAACAGCAGCAGCAGCAGCAGCAACCGCCGCCGCCGCCACUGCCGCUUCUCUUCCUCCUCCUCCUCCUCCUCCAAAAUGCCAGGCGCGUCUCUCGAGCUGGAAGCAUGAGCCUGCCUUUCUCCAGCUGCCUCCUCCUCCUCCUCCUCUUGCUUAGUGGCCACUUGAUCCUCCCGGCUUUGGCGCACCCACGGCCCCCUCGGGCGCAAUUUGGAGAGGCCGAGCAGAACCACAACGUUGGCAGCAGCGGCAGCAAUCUUGGAAAUCGCCCCGCCACUUCGUCUCUCUCCUCCUCCUCUUCCUCCACCUCCUCUUCUUCUUCUUCCUCCUCCUCCUCCUCCUCUUCCUUUUCCGCACCUUCCUCUUAUUCCUCCCCCUCCUCCGCGGGAGUUCAAAGCGGCGGCUCGGAGAUGAGCCGCUUUAAGUGGAGUCCCUCCGGACGUCGAACGGGCAGCCUCUACUGCAGGGUGGGCAUCGGUUUCCAUCUCCAGAUCCACCCGGAUGGGCAGGUCAACGGCUCGCACCACGACAGCCUCUUAAGUAUUUUGGAAAUAUUCGCCGUGUCUCAGGGGAUAGUAGGAAUACGCGGAGUUUUCAGCAACAAAUUUUUAGCCAUGUCGAAAAAAGGAAAACUGCAUGCAAGUGCCAAAUUUACCGACGACUGCAAGUUCAGGGAGCGGUUUCAAGAAAACAGCUACAACACUUAUUCCUCAGCAGUCCACAGGACCGUGAAAACCGGGAGGGAGUGGUACGUGGCUUUGAACAAGAGGGGGAAAGCCAAACGUGGGUGCAGCCCGCGAGUAAAACCCCAGCAUGUCUCCACUCAUUUCCUUCCACGGUUCAAACAAACCGAACCCCCCGAACUUUCUUUCACGGUGGCUGUCCCUGAGAAGAAAAGGCCACCGGCGGUUCUUCCAGCCAAACCCAAAGCUCCUCCGAAGAAGCCGGUUAAGUACAGACUCAAGUUUCGCUUUGGCUAGCAAUUCUUCGUUAAUUCUCCAAGGAAGAAACAAUCGCCUUUUACUCAGGAACUGCCUCCUAGCAGCGACACGGUGCAGAAAAGGCAGACCGUGUGAUCUGAGAUACCCUUCAACUUUAUUCAUGGAACUCAUUUGAGGCCUAACUUACAAGUUGAGCCGCUUUGGGGGUGAGGGUUAAAAACGACAUGGGGUCCUUCAGCUGUGCCGAGGAGGAAAAGCACCAAAGGAAUUCAGAUAAAUUCAGAAAGGAAGCCUUAAUUUUCCAUCCCAUCUCUCUCUUUCUGCUUUCCCGUCGUUUGACCACGGAUUGUCUUCUGCUGGCUUGAAAUGGCUGAACUGCUGUGUGUGUAAAAAAAAUAAUAAUAACUUUUCCGAGAUGCGAAA